AUGUUGGCACAUGGAGACCUCCAGGGCCAAGCCAACAUUCCCUUCGGGUGCCUGGAGAGCGCUGACCGGACUGACACGAAAAACCGCAUGCUCGGUUUUUACGGCAGAGAUGCUGCCCUGGAUGUUGCUGUGACUGUGCUGGAGCAGAUCCACCGCCGCGAUGCUGCGGCCACGCUCAAGGAAGGCAGAAAGAAAGAUUACAGGAAAGAUUACAAAAAGAAGAUCCGGGAAGCUUACAGCACAAUGAAAGAUCAAAAUGCUCGUGUCGGUGAGAGUGUGAGCCUGAACGCCAGGUACUCCAAGCUGGUGAUUGUCAAUAACCACCGAGAUGAGGAGCAGCGGGAACAUGAGAUCAUUGCCAUGGGACGGAGGCACACGGAGAUCUUGAAGGAGCAAGCCAGCUCCUGCAUUGCCGUAGGCGACCUUUUUAAGCCCAGCCCUGACGGAUUGACCCCCAAGGUUGUGGUGCUCCUCGGAGCAGCAGGCAUUGGGAAGACGAUGACUGCCAGGAAAAUCAUGUUGGACUGGGCAUCAGACAAGGUAUUUGUGGAGUUUGACUAUGUUUUCUACAUACACUGUCGGGAGGGCAACCUUCUCACCGGCGAGGCGAGCGUGGCUGACCUGAUCACCAGCUGCUGUCGUGGUGGCUCUCCCCCACUCACUGAGAUGCUGAGAAGCCCAGAGAAGCUCUUGUUUGUGAUUGACGGCUUUGACGAGCUACGCUUUUCCUUCGAUCGGCCCCAGGUGGACCUGUGCUCCGAUUCCUUGGAAGAGAAGAGGCCAGUGGAAAUCACCCUGAGCAGCCUGUUUCGGAAAACGGUUCUCCGCGAGUGCUCCCUGCUCAUCACUACGCGGCCGGCUGCACUGCAGAAACUGGGCAACUGCCUGGAGGGCGAGCGCUACGCGGAAAUCCUUGGCUUUUCCGAGGUAGAGAGGAAGGAGUAUUUCCACAAGUUUUUCAAAAACGCGGAGCAGGCAGCCACAGUCUUUCAGUUUGUCCGAGAAAAUGAAACCCUCUUCACCAUGUGCCUCGUGCCCAUUGUGUGCUGGAUCAUCUGUACUGUCAUGAAGCAGCAGCUCAGCAAAAAGAAGGGUCUCGCACAAAACACAAAGACCAUGACGGGAAUUUACAUUCUCUAUCUCACUGCUCUGCUCCGUUCCCUGAGUGACAAGCUGAAGCAGAGCGUGCCCACGGUGCUGCGGAAACUUUGUUGCCUGGCUGCUGAUGGGAUUUGGAAGCAAAAAGUCCUGUUUGAGGAAGAUGAGGUGCAGAGGUAUGAACUGGACCAGAGAGAGGUCCUCCCGCUCCUCCUCAGUGAGCACAUCUUCCAAAAAGACAUUGACUGUGUUACCACCUACAGCUUCAUCCACCUCAGCUUCCAGGAAUUUUUCGCGGCUCUCUUUUAUCUACUUGAAGAUGAAGGAGAAACACAGAGGCUUCCAGGUGAUCCUGUGAGGGACGUGAACAAGUUGCUGGAGAACUAUGGCAGCUCAAGGAACUACUUCAUGUUAACCGUACGGUUCCUGUUUGGCCUCUUAAAUGAGGAACGAAGAAAUGCUCUGGAGAAGGAAAUCCAGUGUAAAAUUUCACCAAAGGUUACACAAGAAUUACUCAUGUGGCUUCAGAAAAGCCAAAAAAACACCUUAGCUGUUCUCACACAGGAGAUUACAGUGAUCCGGGAGAUGGAGGUCUGUCACUGUUUAUAUGAAAUCCAAGACGAGCGUUUUGUGACAGGUGCUUUGGAUCGCUUCACAGGAAUGUAUCUCCGAGGGGUCAGUCUUAACCAGUUUGAUCAAAUUGUCCUUUCAUUCAGUAUAAAAAACUUCCCCAAGCUGGAGUCGCUCGAUCUGGGACAUUGCUCCUUUAUGUGGGACAGCCCCGAGGAUUACACAGGCCUGCAGCCGGCAAAGCGAGUGCACUGGUUUGAUCGGUGUCAACUCACAGACGCCUGCUGCGGGGCUCUCGCCUCUGUCCUCAGAGCAAAAAGCACCCUGACAGAGCUGGACCUGGGUGGGAAUGAAGAGCUGAGGGAUGGAGGCUUGAAGCUGCUGUGUGAGGGCCUGAACCACGCCGCCUGCCAGGUGCAUACGCUGCGGCUCGGCUGUUGCAACCUCACAGCUGCCAGCUGCAAGGACCUCGCCACCGUGCUCAGUGCCACACCAAGCCUGGCCCACCUAGACCUCAGUGACAACCCCUUGGCUGACAGCGGGGUGCAGGAGCUGUGCAGGGGACUAACACAACCCAGCUGCAGGGUGCAGAAGCUCUGGCUGUGGCAGUGUCACCUGACGGAGGCAUGCUGUGGGGCUCUCGCCAUGGCACUCCGCAUGAACUCGAGCCUGACGGAGCUGCACCUGGGGAACAACGAGCUGGGGGACAGAGGUGUGCAACAGCUGUGUGAGAGCCUGCAGGAUGCUGCCUGCCGGGUGCAGAUGCUGAGGCUGUGGCAGUGUCGCCUGACGGAGGCAUGCUGUGGGGCUCUCGCCAUGGCACUCCGCAUGAACUCGAGCCUGACGGAGCUGCACCUGGGGGACAACGAGCUGGGGGACGGAGGCGUGCGACAGCUGUGUGAGAGCCUGCAGGAUGCUGCCUGCCGGGUGCAGAUGCUGAGCCUGUGGCAGUGCCGGCUCACAGGUGCCUGCUGUGCAGACCUCGCCACUGUGCUCAGUGCCAGCCAGAGCCUGGUGCACCUGGACCUGAGUGAGAAUGACCUGGGAGACAGCGGCAUGCUGCUGCUCUGUGAGGGACUCAAACAUCCCACCUGCCUCCUGCAGAGACUCUGGCUGAACAAAUCUGGAUUAAGUGAAGAAAUGCUGCAGAAUCUGGCUGCUCUGAAAGAAAUAAAGCCCAGUCUAAAUAUAGGGUAUGCUUAA